AUGCAAGUGUUUUUUACAUUGGUCGUGUGUAAAAUUCUUGCUAAAAUUCUGUCGUUCAUUCGACAACCACAAGUGAUUGGUCAAAUCAUAGCGGGCAUAAUUUUUGGUCCAUCCAUUCUCGGAUAUGUCCCAGGUUGGUCUGCUGCCAUUUGGCCUGCAUCGAGUUUGAAAAUCUUUCAAUUAGUUGCUAAUCUUGGCUUAAUCUUUUUCAUGUUCUUCCUUGGAUUGGAACUUGACUUGUCUCAAAUCAAAGCGAACUGGAAAGUGACAAUUCCUGUAGCAUGUUCCAGUAUAAUCUUUCCCGUGAGCAUUGGAUGUGGAGUAGCCAUAUGGUUCCAUGAAUUGAACGAUGGGAUUUCGACAAGUAAAGCAGCUUUUAUUCUCUUCAUCGCUUCUGGUUUUGGUUUUUCGGCAUUUCCAGUAUUGGCGACAUUACUCAAUUCGAUGAAUAUGUUGGAUGAACCAAUCGCCGCAUUCACCACGGAAGUGAUGAAUAUCCAUGCAUUCUUUGGAGCAUUCGUCGCCGGUCUGUGUAUUCCACGAAAAGGUGAAUUGAUCGAGUUUUUAUCGAUACGUAUUGAACUAAUCAUAGUCGAAUUCUUCUUGCCUCUCUACUUUGCCAAUAGUGGUCUUAACACCCGAUUGAAUCUGCUGAAUACAGGUCGAAUUUCUAGUGCUUUUGGUUUAUUGGUCUAUCUUAUUCCUCUGGCAACACUAAUUUGCGUUUGCAUAAUUUGUGCUCUUUGGAGAGAAACAAGACGUAAUCGUACCACUAACACAAAUCGUCGUAUCGACACAAUACCAUCUGCAAUUGUUAAUCCAGUAGAACAAUUGAUAACCGAAAAUAAUUCAAAUUGUCCUCCACCUCCAUACAAUGCAGAAUUUCAACACAAUUUUGAUGAUUCUUUACCUUCAUAUGAACGUGCAAUGAAUAGAAUUUUAUAA